AUGACUCUUGAAUUCUAUAUAUUAGGAAUAUUUUUAUUGUUUCAGCAGUGUGCUGUACUGGCUUUUCCAGUCACUUUCGACCUUAGCACUGGGUGCAAGGAAUGUUUGUACGUUGAAUCGGCAAGCGGUAGCGUAAUAUCGUACUAUUUUGCUGUUCAACAGGGUUCUGACCACAAGUUGGAUAUAAACUAUGAGAUUUUCAGCCCUGACAAUGGAAGAAAGCCGGCAGUCUCACGGCACGGUGAAGUACAAGGAGAAUGGUCGUUUAAGGCAAAAGUGGAUGGAGAAUACGGCAUUUGUUUUGUUGCAUUGGAAGCUAAUCGGGUGGUAGACGCAGAAAUUGUGGUUAAUUCGGAAAGAAGGCGUCUCGCAGAUAUUCGCAGACCUCAGGAGAGACAGGGCCCCAGUCCGCUUGAACACAAAGUGGAUAGCACGCUCGACUUGCUCGAACAGCAAAUCACAGUUUUCGAAUCAAACAUUCAGCGAUUUGGAGCCCGAUGUUUGAGAAACCAUGCAACUAUGGCGUCAAUAGACUCUCAAAUUAAGAUGUAUGCGCUUGGUGGGUCUCUGCUGACCUUCGGUAUUUUGUUAACCCAAACUCGGCAUCUAAGGAGGCAUCUGGCCAUGAGAACACGCGGAUCAGAAAGCCAUGUUUCGGUUAGUAGUUAUGUUCAUCAAGCUUGCUGA